AUCGUAUCUUCGUAUUGAAUUUAGUCGGAGUUCAUCAUCGAAGUUUGCGUGUGGAAAAUGGAGCGGUAGCUAAUGAAAUUAAUAUUAAAAACGCAAAGAAACGGCCUUUGUCCGCUAUUUCAGCGAAUUUUUUUUGUUAAAUAAAAAACAACGACGACGAAUUACUACUACCAAUUAUUACAACAGCAUUAAAACAUUUAACAAUUACAAAAAAAAAACAAAAUUUUUGUAAUGAGAAAAUUAAAUGUAAAAUCCAAUUUGCAACAAGAAAAUCACAGCUACAACAACAAUAGAGCCUAAUACCAGCGACUAUAGAUUUUUACCAAGCAGAGCAGUUAAUGACGGCAAUUUUAGCAAAUUAAAAAUUUCCACCAUUUAGCAGCAAAAAUUUCAAAACCCAAUAAAUUGCUUACAUCAAUUUGAGGAACACAAAAAGAGCUUUGUUGAUUUAAAGCUAAAGAAAUUGUGAAAUAUUUAAUUUUUUUUUCAUGCUGCGCAAUAUUUGUGCUGCAAAACUACGCUCAUCUCAUAUCCAUUUAUAUUAAAAUCCAUUUGAAAUCAAUGCAAUAGAAACACCAAGCUGGACAUAAUAUUUCUUUUACCAAUAUAAAGAAAUUUAAUAUAUUCAUAAAUAUUUUAAUACAUUCUGGGAAAGAAAAUUUUAAGUUUUAUAUGUACGCAUCCACCAUUUUGAAUCAGUAAAACAGCAGAGAAAUUAACUGAGUAAAAUAACGAGAAGGAAGAAGAAACGCUGACAGCAAUAAAAGAAAAUACGUCAACAACAAUUGCAGCUGAACGCGAAUACAGUUUGUUUUUAAUUUGUUGGAAAAGGGUACAGAAGAACGAAGGUGCAGGCACGCUUAAAUGAAAAUAUAUAAAAAAAUUAUCGGAACACUAAUUUUUCUUCGAUUCCAAAUUAAAAUCAGAAAUCUGUAACAAACAACAGUAUCGUGUGUUCCUUUUUUUUAUUUGAAAAGUGUUUUAAGUUAAAUUUCUUGCAAUGGUCGAACGAAUUUUAGAAGAAAAUACUCGUACAGUCGAGAGUACUACUAAUGGUACCAGCACUGAUACCGACAACAGCUGCAGUCAAUCUGGCGGUCGCAAUGAAAUAACACGUUAUAGUAGCGAGGAUGUCUCAGGUAACGAAUCCAAUGAGGCUCCAAAAAUGACGGAAACUGAACGUCAAGCGGACUUUAACCGUCAUAAAGAGGAAAUGCAAAAAAAAAGACGCAAGAAGAAACGUACAAGUUCUUCUUUGCAUUCUUCAACAUUUCAAGAGCUUUAUAAACUGACUGGCGAAAUACUUGGUGAAGGAGCUUACGCAUCAGUUCAGACAUGUGUCAACAUCUACACGGAUUUAGAGUACGCUGUUAAAGUGAUUGAUAAGAUACCAGGGCAUGCACGUGCGCGAGUUUUCCGUGAAGUGGAAACAUUCCAUCAUUGUCAGGGACAUCCAGGCAUUUUGCAAUUAAUUGAGUUCUUUGAAGAUGAUGAAAAAUUCUUUUUAGUUUUUGAAAAGAUUAACGGUGGUCCUUUAUUAACACGUAUUCAGGAGCAUAUUUGUUUUUCCGAGCAUGAAGCUGCUCAAAUAAUUAAAGAAAUUGCAUCUGGCUUAGACUUUUUACAUAAGAAGGGUAUAGCACAUAGAGACUUAAAGCCAGAAAAUAUACUGUGUGUAUUUCCGGAUAAGUUAUGCCCAAUAAAGAUAUGUGAUUUUGAUUUGGGAUCUGGCAUUAAAUUCACAACUGAUAUAUCUUCGCCAGCGGCUACACCACAAUUAUUGACACCAGUCGGUAGUGCGGAAUUUAUGGCACCUGAAGUCGUUGAUUUGUUUGUUGGUGAAGCAAAUUAUUAUGAUAAACGUUGUGAUUUAUGGUCGCUGGGAGUUAUAGCAUAUAUUUUAUUAUGCGGCUAUCCGCCUUUUUCAGGCAAUUGUGAAGAGGAUUGUGGUUGGAAUCGUGGUGAAAAUUGUCGUAAAUGCCAAGAAUUAUUAUUUGAGUCCAUUCAAGAAGGACGUUUUUCAUUUCCCGAAGCUGAGUGGAAAGAUGUUAGUGACGAAGCAAAAGAUCUUAUUUGUGGUUUACUUGUCAAGGAAGCACCAAAACGUUUAAGUGCUGCAGCUGUGUUAAAUCAUUCAUGGAUUAAAAUAUCCGAAGAAGAACCACUAAAUAGUGUAAGAAUGGAAAAUCGUCGUAAGGCAUUGCGAACACCUGGUAAUAUAAGACGUAAUCAAUCAGCACGUGAAAUUUCAAACUUUGCCGAAUCAGCUAUGGCUGUGAAAAGAGUGAUUUUACAACAUUUUUCUAUGCGUUAUGAUUAUAUUAAGGAGCGUCCAAAUAUCUAUCAACCUUCUCAGUCCUAUUUAGAUGCAUAUAGUGGUAAUCCAGAUACGAAGCCUAAUUCACCAAUCAAAGCGCCAUUGAAAAGUCGUUCAAUGAAUACGACCUCGAGUGGUAAUCGUUCUACAUAUGGAGUUAACAAAAGAAUCAGCAAUUAUACGCAACGGCAAUCGAUCAAUAAAUAUGCUAAUAGCAAUACUUUAACACCUUCUCGUAAUACAUCGAGUAUUUAUAAUAGCUCUUCAAAUUAUAAAGGACUUAAUGUACACGAAGAAUAUGAUGACGAUGAAGAAGAAGCGUUAGAGGAGUUUGGGCGUUUAGAUGAAGAUGAUGAAUGGGCAAAGGGAAAAUUAAUACGGAAUACCACUGACGAAAUUGUUGAAGACAAAAAUGCUGAGGUUGAUAGUUAUCAUCAUUGGCGUGAACUAGAAGAUGACGAU